GUGUAUGAGUAUGUACUAACUUAGUUUGUUUUCUGUUUCUAUGAUCAAGGUGAAUUGAAAGGAUUCAACUUAAUGCCAAAGAAGUUGGUAAGUUAUUGGAAAUAAAAAAAAAAAAUGAAUUCAGAUUAUAAUUGCACAGCCAGAAUUUAUUGUAACCAAGGUGCCAUUAGGGCAGUGAGAUUCAGCGAAGACGGAGCUUACUGUAUAACAAGUGGAUCGAAUAAAAAAGUGAAAUUAUGGAAUCCAUAUAAGAGCAUACUGUUGAAAACAUAUGCCGGACAUGGCAACGAAGUGAUGGAUGCAUGUUCAUCCUGUGAUCAGAGUCAGAUAGCAUCUUGCAGUGUUGACAAGUCAAUCAUUAUCUGGGAUGUGAUUGCUGGGACGCCUGUGCGAAGGCUUAGAUGUCACACAGGGAUAGUCACAACUGUACGUUUCAAUGAACUCUCAACAAUGAUAGUUUCAGGCUCACAGGACAAUUCUGUGAUGCUGUGGGAUAUAAGGGCAAAAACGUUGACUCCGGUACAAGUACUGGCAGAUGCCAAAGAUUCUGUAUCGUCCGUUAGGAUAUCAGAUCACGAGAUAUUGACAGCAUCUUACGAUUCCAAGGUGAGGAGGUAUGAUAUCAGAGAAGGAAGGCUCGUCACGGAUUGCAUGGGAGAAAUCAUCACGUGUGCUAGUUUUACUAAGGAUAAUCGUUGUAUUGUUGUGAGUUGUGCCGAUGGAACAGUUAAACUAAUUGACAAGGACACUGGGGAACUUUUGGGAGAGUACGAGGGUUUGACUAAAAAUGACUACUGUAUCGAAUCUACGGUCAAUUAUGAUGAUAAACUGGUGUUGUCGGGUUCUGCCGAUGGCAGAGUCUGGGCCUGGGAUCUCAUAUCUCGUCAAGUUGUGAUGCAUUUGUUUGACGACAAAUCCUCAAAACAUCCAACUAUUUCCCUGUCUACUCAUCCUACGAAAAAUAGUUUUCUAGCUGCCAACGGUUCUGAUAUUUUGCUGUGGGAAAAACAAGAAUUAGCUUAAUUAAUUUUUGUCGUAUUAAUUUUUUUUUAUGCCCUCUCGAAAAAAAUUUGUACAUUUUGUAAAUUUUCCUAAUAAAAGCAUUAUCUUUUGUA